GAUGAAACAGACGCAUCCCCAAAUCAUGUGACUGCGUUUACAGACUGUACAAAAUGGCGUCUGUUGAUGAGUUUGAGACUACAGAGGACAGUACUGAAGAAGAUGAAUCAGAAGAUGAAGAGUCAGACGAAGAAGAAGAACCAAAGUUGAAGUAUGAAAGAAUUAGUAAUGAUUUAGUAGAUAUACUAAAGAAAGACUGUAUAAGCUGUUUAGCUGUGCAUUCAAAGUUUUUAGCUGCAGGAACACACUGGGGCAUGAUAUAUAUUUUAGACCACAUUGGAUGUCAUAUCAGGGAUACAGAAAUUACAGCACAUUCUACAACUGUUAAUCAGAUUAGUAUAGAUGACCAUGGGGAUUAUGUAGCCAGCUGUUCUGAUGAUGGAAAGGUGCUAAUUACUGGUUUUUACACAGCAGAAAACAACCAAUCAUUAAAUUUUGACAGACCAGUGAAAGCUGUUGCCAUGGACCCUUUGUUUUAUAAGCAUGGAAGUGGUAAACAUUUUGUUACAGGAGAUGAUAAGUUGGUACUGAAUGAAAAAGGAGGUUUAUUCAGCAGACAUCGGACAACUGUUCUACAUCAGGGAGAAGGACCAAUUAGAGAAAUUCAGUGGAUUGGAGAUUUCAUAGCUUGGGCAAAUGAUCUGGGUGUGAAGAUAUAUGAUAUGAGCACAAGAUCAAGAAUAACACACAUACCAAGGGAGCAUGCAUAUCGACCAGAGUUGUAUCGAUGUAAUUUGUGUUGGAAAGAUGAAAAGACUUUAUUGAUUGGGUGGGCAGAUAGAGUUAAGGUGUGUGUAAUAAAGGAUAGAGUUCAUGAUGAUGCUAGAAACUUACCCAGUAGAUAUGUGGAAAUUGUUUAUAUGUUUAAAGUGGAUUUUUUUGUAUGUGGAAUUGCUCCUCUUGGUACAGAUCUAGUCAUGCUUACCUAUGACAAACCUUCAGAACAGGGAACCAUUCAGGAUAGUUCCUCCAAACGUCCACAGUUACAGCUAGUAACACCACACAUGGAUGAUUUUGAUGUCAUUUCCAGUGAUGCAUUGUCUCUACGUGGUUAUGAAGAAUAUAAAUGUAAUGAUUAUCAUCUAGAAUGUUUACCUGAAGAAAACUUGUUCUAUAUUGUUAGUCCUAAGGAUAUAAUUGUUUCUAAAUUAAGAGAUGAGGAUGAUCAUGUGACAUGGCUGAUUGAUCAUGAACAGUAUGAGGAGGCAUUGGCUGUGGUACAACAGAAAGAGAACACACUUCAGAAACAUAAUCUACAGUCAUUAGGAAAGGAUUAUUUAGAUUUUCUACUGAGUAAAAGAGAAUUUGAAAAAGCAGCACAGCUUUGUGUGAAGAUCUUAAGCAAGAAUAAAGAUAGCUGGGAAGAACAAGUCUAUAAAUUUGCAAAAAUUAAACAGCUAAAGGCCAUUGCUCCUUAUAUACCAAGAGAAAAUCCAGUAUUAGAUCCAGCUAUCUAUGAGAUGGUUCUGUUAGAAUUCCUUCUGUCUGAUGCAGAGAGAUUUCUGCAAUUGGUGCGGGAUUGGCCAUCACAUCUAUAUAAAGUACAAACAGUUAUAAAUGCCCUGCUGGACAGACUUGAUAGAGAUCGUGGAAAUACAUACUUAAUGCGUGCUCUAGGAGACUUAUAUUCAUAUGAACGUCAGUUUGAUAAAGCACUCAGUAUAUAUUUAAGAUUAAAGCAUAAAGAUGUAUUCCAGUUGAUUCACAAACAUAAUUUAUUUGGUUCAAUAAGUGAUAAAAUUGUACAACUAAUGGAGUUUGAUAAAGAACAAGCUGUCAGUAUGCUGCUAGAUAAUAUGGAUAAAAUACCGAUGGAAAAAGUAGUAAACCAGUUAGAUAAAACACCAGAGUAUCUGUUUAUAUAUUUAGAUAGAAUUUUCCAAAAAGAUCCCCAUCUGGCUGAAAAAUAUCAUGGGAAGCAAGUGAAACUCUAUGCAGAAUAUGCACCAAAGAAGUUACUUCCCUUUCUAAAGAGUAGUACACAUUAUCCCCUCCAGACGGCAUUGGAGGAAUGUGAAAUGAGGAAUCUAAUACCAGAACAAGUAUUCCUAUUAGGUAGAAUGGGAAAUGUGAAGCAGGCAUUAAAACUGAUAACAGAAAAACUUCAAGAUGUCAACAGAGCCAUCGAAUUUUGUAAAGAUCAUAACGAACCAGAAUUAUGGGAAGAUCUCAUACAGAGUAGCUUAGAUAAACCAUUUUUUAUAAAAGUAUUACUACACAACAUAGGAACACACGUAGAUCCCAUUAUACUAAUAGAUAAAAUUCAGGAAGGUAUGGAAAUAGAGGGACUCAGAGACUCACUUGUCAAAAUAUUACAAGAUUAUCAUCUACAGAUAUCAUUAAGGGAAGGCUGUAAGAAGAUAUUAGUAGUUGACAGUUUUAAUUUACUGGACAGAUUAAUAAAGACUCAGAAGAAAGGAAUAGCUGUUAGCAGUGCAUCAAUGUGUAAUGUUUGUCAGCAGAGAAUAGUUGUUCUUGAUAUGAGAUAUGCAAGUGAUGUUAUUGUGUUUCAUUGUAAACAUGCAUUCCAUGAAGAUUGCCUACCAGUUAGGGGUGUGAAUAGCUGUCCUAUAUGCAGUUCACAGAAAAGAGCACCUGCUUUUAAAUAGAAUGAACUAUUGAAGCAUAAUUAACUAGUAUUUAAGUAUAUAAAGCAUUGUUUUAACAUCAAAAUAGCUUGAACAUGAACAUAAAAAUAAAAUGUGUUUUUAUUAGACCAUAUUAUAUACAUAUUUUUGGUAUGAACUCUUGUUCCAUAAAUAUCAGAACAUGAGGCCGAUUUAUUUGCUUACAUGUACAUAAUAUGUUUCUUUUGCAGUCAUUAUAUUGUUAUAAAUAAAUAUCUAAAGGCAAUAAUUUAUUAUAUAUAUUACAGUAGCUAGCCUCCAUUUAAAUCAGUUAUUCUACCAUUUGAGUGUAAUGUUUUGUUACCAACUGAACCAUUAAAUUUGCAAUUUAUAAUGUAAUAUAAAAUUUGUAGCUUUUAGGCUUCAAAGCAUGUCUUUUGUGGCCACUUCAUUAAAAAAUCACAAAAAUUUUAUGUGCUGUAUUUUGUUACAUUGAACCAGUUAUUCAUGUAGAUGAUAUUUGAACUGUUAAUAAAAUUUAUAGAUUAUAAUAUUAUUUAUAUGAUCUCUGUAUUGUUUAUGACGGUUUUGUUUAUAUUCCCAGUUACCAUUCUGCAUAUUCUGUUCAUAUUUUACAAAUAAAAAAAAAACUUUAUGCUUAA